AUGCCAGAGUGGUAUCACCUGAAGACGUUGAAGCCGCCAUCAGUUGAGACGGUAACAUGGGCCGCUAGACAGCCUUUGCCUCCCUCGACGUCCACUGUGAACGUGUCCGUCAAUGAAGCGACCGAGCCAGACAGACGCGACUCGGAAUCCCUGGCUGAUAACUCAAUUAACGGAACCACCCUUGCGCCAGUGGACAGAGGCUUCGGAGCGUGGUCAUUCCUUGUUGCAGCAUUCUUCGUCCAGGCGAUCGUCUGGGGAUUCCCCAAUUCUUCCGGAGUAUUCCUAGCGUCGUACCUGAACGAUCCUCGUUUCAACUUACAGAAGGAUUCUUCUUCGUUAUUGCCCUUCGUUGGCACUCUAUCCUCCGGUAUAAUAUACUGUUCGGGUAAGGUCAUCCCGUCAUCUGUCGUUAAUCAGCUCAUUAUUUUGCAGGGCGUUAUUUAUGCCAUAGGAGGAUCCCUUCUGUGGCAUCCUUGCAUAUCAUAUAUGUCAGAGUGGUUUGUCGCUCGCAGGGGACUUGCUAAUGGGAUGAUGUUCGCUGGAACAAGUAUAGCGGGCCUUUUCCUGCCGCUCAUUCUCCCUUCCCUAUUGAAUAGAUUCGGAGCGCCAAGCACACUCCGCAUCCUGUCGAUUGUCAUUCUGGGCAUGCUCAUCCCCCUUUUACCGUUCGUCAAGGGUCGCCUGCCGGAAAGCCGGGUACAUGGUCCCAACGCUCGGUUGACGGACUGGUCAUGGACUAGGAACCGCGUCUUCUGGCUUGUGCUUGCGGUCAAUACUAUCCAAGGAUUCGCCUAUUUUGUCCCCAUUAUUUGGUUGCCAACUUUCGCAAUGGGACUACGAGUCAAUGGCACCGACUCCGCUCUCCCUGUCGCACUCCUUAACGGUGGAUCCGUAUUCGGCCGUCUUGUUUUGGGCAUCCUGGCGGAUAGAUAUAACCCCUGGGUACUUGGAUCUAUGACUUGCAUUUCCAUUUCCCUAGCCACAUUCGUCCUCUGGGGAGUGCUUUCUGACAAUAUCGCUGCAUUGAUAACCUACGGAAUAGCAUAUGGGGGUCUUGCCGGAGGAUGGUCCAGUUUAUGGACCGGGUUUAUUCGGCCUAUUGCCAAGGAUGACCCGACGCUGUCCACGUAUAUCUAUGGUCUCCUGAUGUUUUCCCGUGGGUUCGGAAACGUCGUGUCUACGCCAAUAUCCACCUCCCUUUCGCGGGGGUAUCCUCCAAAUGCCAUGAAUGGCAAGACAGGGUUCGAUGUAGCAGGGGGACGCUUCGAGAAGAUGAUUGUAUAUGUCGGGACGUGCUUUGCGAGCGCGGCUGUGGUCGCCUUGGCUGGAUGGGCUGUGGAAAAAUCCGGGCCUCGCCGUACUUGA